GUCCUCCUCGGGGCUCCGACCAUGACGGUGAUGAGCGGGGAGAAGGCGGACGAGGCGUCGGGCGGCGCGGGCCCGCCCCAGGACCGCUCCUCCCCGCGGCCGGCGGGCCCCGAGGACCACGAGUGCUCCGAGCGGGUGGUCAUCAACGUGUCCGGGCUGCGGUUCGAGACGCAGCUGAAGACCCUGGCGCAGUUCCCCCACACCCUGCUGGGGAACCCCAAGAAGCGGAUGCGCUACUUCGACCCCCUGCGCAACGAGUACUUCUUCGACCGCAACCGGCCCAGCUUCGACGCCAUCCUCUACUACUACCAGUCGGGCGGGCGGCUGCGCCGGCCGGCCAGCGUGCCCCUGGACAUGUUCUCCGAGGAGAUCAAGUUCUACGAGCUGGGGGAGGAGGCCAUGGAGAAGUUCCGGGAGGACGAGGGCUUCAUCAAGGAGGAAGAGCGGCCGCUGCCCGCCAGGGAGUACCAGCGCCAGGUGUGGCUGCUCUUCGAGUACCCCGAGAGCUCGGGGCCGGCCCGGGUCAUCGCCAUCGUGUCCGUCCUGGUCAUCCUCAUCUCCAUCGUCAUCUUCUGCCUGGAGACGCUGCCCGAGCUGAAGGACCAGAACAAGGAUCCGGGGGGGACGCCCUACCUCUUGGGCAACGUCACGGUCUACUACAAGUCCAACAUCCUGACCGAUCCCUUCUUCAUCGUGGAGACGCUGUGCAUCGUCUGGUUCAGCUUCGAGCUGGUCGUGCGCUUCUUCGCCUGCCCCAGCAAGGCCGAGUUCUUCAAGAACAUCAUGAACUUCAUCGACAUCGUGGCCAUCAUCCCCUACUUCAUCACGCUGGGCACCGAGCUGGCCGAGCAGGGGGGCAACCAGAAGGGCGAGCAGGCCACCUCCCUGGCCAUCCUGCGGGUCAUCCGCCUGGUGCGGGUCUUCCGCAUCUUCAAGCUGUCGCGCCACUCCAAGGGCCUGCAGAUCCUGGGCCAGACGCUCAAGGCGAGCAUGCGCGAGCUCGGGCUGCUCAUCUUCUUCCUCUUCAUCGGCGUCAUCCUCUUCUCCAGCGCCGUCUACUUCGCCGAGGCGGAAGAGGCUGACUCCCAUUUCUCCAGCAUCCCCGACGCUUUCUGGUGGGCCGUGGUCUCCAUGACGACGGUGGGCUACGGUGACAUGUACCCUGUGACAAUUGGAGGUAAGAUCGUGGGCUCCUUGUGUGCCAUUGCUGGUGUGCUGACAAUUGCCCUGCCGGUGCCUGUCAUUGUAUCCAACUUCAACUAUUUCUACCACCGAGAAACCGAAGGGGAAGAACAGGCCCAGCUUCUGCACAUGAGUGCUCCGAACUUGGCCUCGGACAGCAGCCUGAGCCGCCGCAGCUCCUCGGCCCUGAGCAAGUCCGAAUACAUGGAGAUCGAAGACCGGAUCCUCGACAGGUUCGGCUCCUACGGGCAGGCCGAACUCAGAACUGAGAACUGCAACAGGGACCGCCCUUACCCCUCGGUGCAGAAGCGCAAUCUCCUGACCGACGUGUAGGCCGGCCGGCCCCUCGGAGGACUCCACACAGAGACCCAAAGCAGAACGGCAGCAGUCCCACUUGGGACCCCUGCUCCCCUGGCCGUCUCCGAAGACCCCUCUCCCACGCAGCGCACGGGUGCGUUCCUCAAGGCCCCUGACCCGGGCUCGGGGCCCCCUUUCGCUCGCAAAGCCCUCGAGGAAAAAAAAAAAAGAGAUACUAUUUUUUUUCCAUUUGAUUUAGAAAACAAAAAACCAACAAAAAAAAAAAAAGACAAACAUGCAAAAGGAAAGGGGUAUUUUCCGUACCCUGCCAUCACGGGGCAUCUCUGGACCGGUUCGAGGUAAGGUAGAGUCGACACUCGCCCUCUACCCAAAACCUUAUUCAUGCUCUUCCGCUUCUUCCAUUUAAUUGAAAGCAGCAACAACAGGGGAUCGUUUAGAGAUGAUCCAACUCCAAUAUGCAUGGAAUUCCAGGUACAAGCCCUCGGCAAACCGCACAGCACACCUCAGAAAGUGCAUCGAGAAUAUAGUCUAUAGGUAUCAAUUCCUCUUCCGUGUCCAGUGGACAUCUGCUAUUUUUCCUCUUUUCUUUGGAGUAACAGAAGGGACACUUCCCCCGUGAAAACGAUACUUAGCUACUUAGGAUGGGCCCCCACAGCACCUUAACGGCUCCCAGACGAGGUCCAGCCCCUCCCCCCAAACCCAACCCCUCCCCCCACC